UUGAGAUAUUGAUAAUCAGGAAGUGGAUUGCGCUACAGUACAUAAGUCAUCCACUUUGGCCAUUUCUCUUCGUCUUGCUCCACCGAACCCAAACGAAGACGUUCCAUUUUCCGACUACUUUUUUCUAAAUUUCCAUGGAGUAAACCAUCCUAUUCAAUUAGGGUUAGGGCAUCAUUCGUUCCUUUAAUUAAACAACAGUCAACAUGGUCGCUCUUUCGCUUUCAGCUCCUCAUUUCGCCACCGCUUUCCUCGGCAAGAAAUUGCCCCUCCGAGAGAAUACCGGGAAGCUGACAACCUUCUCCGGUGUUUCAUUUCGCACGAGAUGCGCGGUGGAUACGCCCUAUGAAGGUAAUAUCCAAAAAUUCCCUCGAAUCAGUGUUUGGGAUCCUUACCGACGCCUUGGUGUUAGCAGUGAUGCUUCUGAAGAAGAAAUUUGGGGAUCAAGAAAUUUUCUGUUGCAACAAUAUGCUGGACAUGAGAGGAGUGAAGAAUCGAUAGAAGCUGCUUUUGAAAAAAUAUUGAUGGCUAGUUUCAUAAACAGGAAGAAAACAAAAAUUAAUUUGAAAAGCAGGUUGAAAAAAAAAGUAGAGGAGUCUCCACCAUGGUUCAAGAACUUGCUCAACUUUGUUGAACUUCCACCAACUGAAGUUAUUCUCAGAAGAUUGUUUCUCUUUGCCUUCAUGGGUGGCUGGAGUAUUAUGAAUUCUGCUGAAACUGGACCUGCUUUUCAGGUCGCAAUCUCUUUGGCUGCUUGCAUAUAUUUUCUUAACGAAAAGACAAAGAGCUUGACCAGAGCGUUCAUUAUUGGGUUUGGAGCUCUAGUGGCUGGAUGGGUUUCUGGUUCAUUGCUGGUACCCAAUAUUCCAUCUAUGUUGCUGCGCCCAACUUGGACUCUUGAACUCUUAACAUCAUUGGUAGUUUAUUUGUUCUUGUUCAUUGCUUGUACUUUUCUCAAGUGAAGUGGCAACUAUUCUUUCAUAGUUUUUCAGUGUCCACUGUCCUGUACUCUUAUUGAGUUACUAGUUGCCCAAACUCAACUUUUUAUUUUUUGAGUGUGCUUGCUAUGAAUACUCCUGUUUGAGUAGGCAAUGGUUGGUAUAGAUAUUACCAAGCCUUGAAUCCUUGCCUAAAUUUCGGGUUGGCUAUUGGCAAGUUCCACCUUGGCGGAAAUCUUUGCAUCUGUCAUCGAACUCAUCUCGUGACUAACUGCUCUAAUCUUGGAUUCAGGCUGAGGCGAGCAACGAGCUCCUAACCUCACCAAUCAUCUCUCUCUCUCUCUGCCACAAAUUAGUGAAAUUUGAUUUACAAAAUUUAAUAAAAAAAACUUAACUUCGAAUGGAAUUUGUCCCAAUGUUUCUAAUACAAGGUACUAAUAUAGAAGUGCAUUGAAAUAAUUACUA